AUGGCCCAGACUCUGGACCAAAUAGAAGAACAGAGACUCUACCAGCAGACCCUCCUCCAGGAUGGACUGAAGGACAUGCUAGACCACCGCAAGUUCUUGGACUGUGUGGUGAAGGUGAAGGACCAGGAAUUUCCCUGUCACCGGCUGGUCUUAGCCGCCUGCAGCCCCUAUUUCCGAGCCAUGCUCCUCAAGGACUUGGGGAUCCAGGAGAUCAGCCUGGAGGAGGUGUCUCCGGAAGUGAUGGGCAAGGUUCUGCAUUACCUCUACACCUCGGAGAUCGAUCUCAAUGAGGACAACGUUCAGGAUCUCUUUGCAGCCGCCAACCUUUUCCAGAUCCCCUCCAUCUUCACCAUCUGCGUCUCCUUCUUGCAGAAGCGGCUCUGCCUCGCCAACUGCCUGGCGGUCUUCCGCCUGGGCCUCAUGCUGGACUGCGCCCGGCUGGCCGUGGCCGCCCGCGACUUCAUCUGCGACCGCUUCCCCCUCAUCUCCCGCGACCAAGACUUCUAUGGCCUCUCUGCCGAUGAGCUCAUCGCCGUCAUCUCCAGCGAUAGCCUCAAUGUGGAGAAGGAGGAGGUGGUCUUUGAGGCCGUGAUGAAGUGGGCCAACACGGGGGACGACAAGGAGGUCCGACUCCAAGCCUUGCCCACCGUCUUCGAGAGCAUCCGCUUCCGCCUUCUGCCUCGAGACUACCUUGAAAGUCGGGUGGAAAAGCACCCACUGGUGAGGGCCCAGCCCGAGUUACUCCGCAAGAUUCAGAUGGUCAAGGACUCCCACGAAGGGAAGAUGACUGUUCUAAAGAGGAAAAAAAAGAGAGAUGAGUUGUCUGGGAAGGAAAGGGCCAGCAUGGUCAAUGGAGUGGAUGCAGGAGGGCCGUCCGGGAAAGGGAAGAAAGCUGGGGAGAAGGAAGCAGAAGAGGCUGACGACGGAGACACCAUCAUCCCUGGGAUCCUCAAUGACACCAUGCGCUUUGGGAUGUUCCUGCAGGACCUGAUCUUCAUGAUCAGCGACACAGGGGCUGUGGCCUAUGACCCCGGGACCAACGAGUGCUACUUUGCUUCCCUGUCCACUCAGAUCCCCAAGAACCACGUUAGCCUUGUGACCAAAGAGAACCAGAUCUUUGUGGCGGGAGGCCUUUUCUACAAUGAGGACAACAAGGAGGACCCCAUGAGUUCUUACUUCCUGCAGUUUGAUCACCUGGAUUCCGAGUGGAUGGGCAUGCCGCCCCUCCCUUCCCCACGCUGUCUAUUUGGCUUGGGCGAGGCUGAGAAUUCCAUCUUCGUUGUGGGUGGCAAAGAGCUCAAGGAAGGAGAGCAGAGCCUGGACUCAGUGAUGUGCUAUGACCGACUGUCUUUUAAAUGGGGUGAGUCAGACCCGCUGCCCUACGUGGUGUACGGCCAUGCUGUGGUGUCCUACAUGGACCUCAUCUAUGUCAUCGGGGGCAAAGGAAGUGACCGGAAGUGCCUGAAUAAGACAUAUGUCUAUGACCCCAAGAAGUUUGAAUGGAAGGAGCUGGCCCCCAUGCAGAAUGCCCGAUCCCUCUUUGGGGCCACAGUCCACGAUGGCAAGAUUUAUGUGGUGGCUGGAGUCACCAACACGGGGCUGACCAGCUCAUCGGAAGUGUACAACAUAGCGGAUAAUAAGUGGGAGCCAUUUUUGGCCUUUCCCCAGGAGCGCAGCUCACUCAGUCUGGUGAGCCUGGCUGGGACGCUUUACUCCAUUGGGGGCUUUGCUACCCUGGAAACUGAGUCAGGCGAGCUGGUGCCGACAGAGCUAAAUGACAUAUGGCGGUAUGAUGAGGAGGAAAAGAAAUGGGAGGGAGUCCUGAGGGAGAUUCCCUACGCAGCCAGUGCCACCUUCCUGCCCGUCCGGCUCAAUGUUCUGAGGCUGACAAAGAUGUGAUAGAUGUGGAGGUCAGCCCGGAGUCCUAGCUGGCAGGUGCUCCCCCCCCCCUCACCCCGGGAGAGGACAUUGAAUUUCAUCUUCCUGCUGUUAGAUCUUUCCUUGAGGACAAGAAGAGGGGUAUCAUGGAAAGAUCAUUGGCUUUGGAGCCAGAAGAGGCUCCUUCCACUUGGGUUGAAAAGUCCCUCACUGCCUCAGUUUUUUCAUAUGUAAAAAUGAGGGAUUACCCUUUGCCUUUAAAAUGGGUAGGAUCGGUUCUAUUUCUCCACGGCCCCUCCACUCCAUAUCACUCCACCUCCCCCCCUACCUCCCGGGUUACAAGGCUCAGGAGAAGAGGACAGGGACCAGAUAAGGGAGCAACUGGACCCAAGAGAGGUGGUGUCGAACGCGAGAUGAGGAAGAGACAACACGGCACUCCGCUCCUUCCUGCUCCUUCCUCCCUUCACGUCAGGGCACAGGAACAACCCACAGAAGUUGUUCUCAGUCCUGGCUCUCUCAGCUGCUCAGGGAAUCAAUCUACCAGCUCCGACAGAAUCCCCAUUGUGUGAUGGAUGGUCUUUGUAAUUUCCGCUACCUGCGUCUUUGUUGAAGAGCCCCGGGCUGGGAGUAGCAGGGUGGGGGAGGCAAAAGAUCUGGGUUCCAAUGGAGACGCUGUCCUUGCCUCCUUGUGUGAUCUUGGGCAAGUGACUCAAUCUCUCUGAGUUUCAGGGUUCUCAUUUGUAAAUUAGGAAAUGCAAGAUUUUGUUGCCCAUCUCCUCCAUCCCAGGAGAGCUUGUGAUUUGGUGGGAUGGGGGGGUUAUAGACUGAAAAUAGGUAUUAUACAGACCUUGAAAAAGAAUAAAGUUCUGGAGCAAUAAGAUUCUGAGAUCUAAAGAUUUUAUUAUUGAUUUCAAGAUUCUAUACUGGUCAUGGUUCCAUUAGGCUGCACGGAUUUCCUGUUUGGGGGACCCCACCCCAAACAGAUGCAUCUCCUGGGGCAGACACAUAACCAUUGGCUCUAAGGGGACAAAGGCAGCAGGGAAUUAAGGAGCAAUGUAUGUAUUUGAGACCCAUAACAUAAAAUAUGCCCUCCCCUCAAAUGUUUCUGGAGGUAGGGAAGAGAUUGGUGGUGGUGGUAGCAGUGGGAGAUUGCCACCAGGGGGGCUGGGGAGGAGCUUGCCUGAUUUAUAGAUGAGAGGGGAGGAAAAAUCUGGGAGGUUCCUAUUUUAGCUAGUUAUUUGUACUGGAUGCUAAGAUCACUUGUUAUUGAACCAUGGAAAGACACCAUACUCAAAAAACUCUAUUACAAGUUGGGAUGCAUCAAGAACCUUAGACUUGGAGUACAGGGAUUUGAAUUAAAAUCCCAUCUCCAAUAUAUCCUUUCCAAGCAACCUUAACCAAGCAAACAAAAAUCCUUGCAUAAUCUAUAGACCUCAUAGAUUACCAUGAGAAAAGAAUUGUGUCGG